ACGUUACUGCUCCAACACCUGGGGACGCCGCUGCCGGGCGCUGUGACAACAUUGGCCGUAUGCGAAUCCACCUUCCUUAUGUGUCCCACAUCAUGUCCGUGACAUGAGCAGAAAUGCUACAAAGACAAAUCAACAACAGAUUGGCACCAAUCGAUGCGCGUAGCGAUGUUGUCACUGUUGCCGCUACCGCCACCGUCGCUGCUGUUAUCGUCGUCACCGUCGGCAUUGGUGAUGAUUAUCAUGGUUGAGCUGGCGCCGCCGUCGGCAUUGGGUUUUGUCUGCCAGAAAUUGAAUCUUCAGAUAGCUACAGCGGCACACUUGGCUCGGCUAAUUGGCGCUGCAAAAAAUAUUUAUCCAAGUAACCAAUCCUUGUCUCUUCCACCUCCCCUGCUCCUUAUUGCACGCAAUACUAGCUGCUUAGAAUAAUUGAGCAUACCCGGAAACCUGAAUGCUGCAGCUUCAUGUAAUCCGCUCCA